CCGGACAGCGGGCAUCGGGUCACCAGGCAUCAGGUCAUUUGGCUCGACCGCGGGCACCGCGUCAUCUGGCAAGGCAGUGGGCUCCGAGUCAACUGGUAUGACCGCGGGCACUGGGUCAGACAUUGGGAUCGUCUGACUGGACAGCGGGCAUCGGGUCACCAGGCAUCAAGUCAUUUGGCUCGACAGCGAGCACCGCGUCAUCUGGCAAGGCAGUGGGCUCCGAGUCAACUGGCAUGACCGCGGGCACUGGGGCAGACAUUGAAUCGUCUGGCUGGACAGCGGGCAUCGGGUCACCAGGCAUCAGGUCAUUUGGCUCGACAGCGGGCACCGCGUCAUCUGGCAAGGCAGUGGUCUCCGAGUCAACAGGCACGACAGUGGGCACCGGGUCAUCAGGUACCGGGUUGUCUGGCUCGACAGCGGGCAUCGGGUCAUCAGGCAUCAGGUCAUUUGGCUUGCCAGCGGGCACCGCGUCAUCUGGCAAGGCAGUGGGCACCGAGUCACCAGGU